ACACAAAAUGGUGUUCUAGGCACUGGACCUCAGUUCGCCCCAAACAAAGAAAGCGAAGCACUGAAGGCACUGGACCUCAGUUCGUCCAUCCUCACCGGUAACCGCGAGUUGAACUGUCGAAGCAAACAAGUUGAGACCUGCUGCCAAUCACGCCGGUCGUCGUUCUCCGCAUUGCUGGAAAGCUCGGAAUCGUCCGAAUCGCCCCUGCAAUUCUUUGAUUCGCUUCGCAGACCGCAGUGCCCUACUGUCCCGGGUCCGGCCCUGCGCGGCUUCUGCCUCCGCCCUUGCCUGCUCGCUGAGUUGCUGGUCUUCCGAUCUUUCAGUUUGCAGAGUUUGAGAAAGAUUUUACAGAAGUGAGAAAAGUCACCUUUUGGGUGGGUGCAUAUGUAGUUAAUGGUAGGUAAAGUUCUAUUAUGUAGGUCCUUUACAAAAAAAAAGCAGAACUGAUACCAGAUAUAUGAAAUAGCCCAAAAAGAAAGGUGAGAAAAGUUAUUUGGAAUGGAUGGGGUGGUAUAUUUGAAAUAAAUUUUUAAAAAUGUGUUCAAAGUUUCAAACAUAUAUCACAUUUCUUUCAGAUAUUCUCAUCUUUCUCAUCUUAUUUUUUCCCUAGCAAUGUAGCAUUUUUGUGUUCCAAAUGGACCCUAGCAGCUUAUGUUGAUCUAUAUGCAUCCAUGAUCUAGACUAACUUUAUAUUUUCUAACUUGUUACACAGAAACAUAGUACUCUUCCUCAAUCAUCAUGUUCAAGCAAUCUCCAACAAGCAGGAGCCAUAGAUCAAAAGGAAUCAAGACCAAACAUGUUCUACAAAUUUGCCUGUUGCUUGCUGUUUGCUUCUGGCUGGUUUAUCAAGUAAAGCGCUCCUACGAUAAAGGCAAAGAGUUUGACGAAACUGAUUCAGGCUUUUCACUGAAGUCAGGGAGCAUAUAUGAAACAACAAAGUGGGGAAGGAAAAGUCUCCUUCCCCAUUCAUCAAACGGAAUUACUACAACUAAACCCAAGCAAGAUAAUGAAAACCAAGAUGAAGAUGAAGACGCCAAGACUGAAGAAGUGGAACCAGAUCAAGACAACAAGUUUGAAGAUGAAAAUGAUGAAGAUAGAGGGGGUGGAGAUGAUGCUGUUGAUGAACAUGAUCAAGAGAAAUCUGAUGAACAAGAAGAUGAACUUGUUGACGUAGAAACUGAUAUGAAAAGUUCUGAAGAGAAUACUGAUCAUGAGCUUGAUGAAGAAGACUCAAUGAGUACCCAUGAGGCACUUUAUAAAGCAGAUGACGCUUCAAGUGCAGUCACCCAUGAUACCGGCUUUGAAGAUGCAAUUGGACAAAACGCAACUCAGUUAACAGAUGAUCGCGAGACAAACCGUUCCCUAAUCACGACAGGCCAUGAUGAAAGUGUCCCAGAGCACGUCUUAUCCACCUCUAUGAAUACCUCACUGUUGAACAAAACAAGAAUGGUGGAAACAAACAGUCAUCUUGAACUGAUAGUAACAUUGCCAAAUUUGACAGAAUCAAAUAUAAAUUCCACCAUUGAGGGUAAUAAUGUCAUAGCUGGCGGGGAACACUCAUUGCCGUUCACUUUUACACAGCAAAUGAACGCAUCUGUACAGAUUGUUGAAAAAACUCUAUCUGAUUCUAAUAUAACUUCCACAGGAAAUGAGGGUUUUACUUCAACCUCAGAAAUCUCCUCAACUGCCUCGACUAUCACACCUUCUGCCUCAGGUGAUACCACACUCGAAGAUCAUUCUGAUACAUCCAUUCCCUUGGAAGAGAAAGAAGUUGGUAUAGAUUUGGAAACUCUUCCUCAGAUACAGACCGAAGGAAGUAACACAGAAGAUGAAGCAGUAGAAUGAAAUUUGUCAUAGAUCAGUAAAAAUGGUUCUGUUGAGGCUCAAGUUUAUUUUGGUUCCUUUGUUUUGUGAGCAUCCCAAGCUAAGAGUGUUCUUUAGUAUGCAGCAUUGGUAAUUUUCGGGAAAGUACAAUUACCAAUUAGCAUGAAAAAUAUAGGAUUGUAGUAGUAUGUUCUGCAAGAGUGGAUCUUGUGGAAUCAUUUGUAGUUAUAAUAACACUUUCCUCUCACUUUCGAGUUUGUUUACACUUGUGUCUUGAUCUUAAAAAUCUCAGCCUUUUCCAUCACUAUCUAAGAUGAUGUACUAAUGGGAUGCUUCUGGGGUUAAAUUUUGUUGAGGAAAAAAUUGACUUGUUGAAUACAUCUAAUGCCUGUUUGGUUGGGCAAC